AGAGUGGAGUAACUCAUUAUAUGAUCUAUUAUGCUUCUACUGGAUUAACUCCUUUAAACUCUCUCAUGGCUCCUAACACAAGCUCUUACACGAUAAGAGAGUUGGAUACCUAUCUGGACUAUACCAUUCAAUUGACUGCAUCAAAUAAAGACGAAGAAAGUGAUAGGAGCAGUGAGAUUAUCGGCAAAACAAUUGAAGAAGUUGCACCUAGUCCCAUCAAUGUGGCUAUACCGCGGAGUACUACAAGUUCCUUCACUGUAUCCUGGUCUACCCCUCUACCAUCUAACAUCAAUGGUGACAUCCAGAAGUAUAUCAUCCGCUUCAAGCAAACUGACCCCGUUGUUGAUGGUGACUAUAAGUCAGAGGAAGUAUUGAACAGUGCGUUUGAAGAAGAGCAUACUGUGGUAGACCUGACAGCAAAAACAAGCUACUCAGUCCAGGUACAGACUGUUAAUGGAGCUGGUUCUAGUAAUUGGUCAGAACCUGUGAAUGCUAAGACGAUACAAUCAGGUCCUGUUGGUCCUAUAGCACCGGCAGCAGGUGGAGCCGUUGGCGCCAUUCUGAUCAUUUUGAUUAUCAUCAUUGUAGUCAUCAUCGUGUUCAAACGACGAAGGAAUGAUAGUAAUCCGUCUAAAAAAGAAAACAUCGAGGACCAAUUUCAGGCACCAGUGAAUUUCCAAGACACGCCAUUAGAAGGAAAUAACUACAGUGGGCACGCCUCCGUUUCGAACCGAGACCAAACACCUUCAAGGAGCACGAGACCUAAACCACAUGUAGCCGUCAAGCCCGUUGUACGGCAAACUAAGUCCUUAGACCUCGAUUCAACCGAUGGAUCUCCUGACAGAUCUAGCAGCAAACCUCUUGGCACACGUCAACCGAUACCCCUGGCUCAGUUCCCUGCGUUCGUCAACAAGAACAGACACACUGCGCUCUACUCCGAGGAAUUUCAUGACUUACCUGGCCCAGACAUUUAUCCUCAGACCGUGGCUCGAGAGGAGAUCAACUUCACGAAAAACAGAUACAAGAAUAUUUUACCAUAUGAUUCGGCGAGGGUGAAGUUAGAAGUAAUCGACGAUAUCCCUCAUUCCGAUUACUUUAACGCUUCUUACAUUCCCAGUUUUGACAAUGACAAGGCUUACAUUGCAUCACAAGGACCCAACAAGGCCUCUAUGGAUGAUUUCUGGAGGAUGGUCUGGCAGGAGAAUGUGACGACUAUUGCCAUGGUAACGAAGCUCAAGGAAGGAGAUAAGAUCAAAUGCGGUAAGUACUGGCCUAAUGUACCAGGCGAUUUGGUGAAGUUUGGAAAUAUCAAAGUGGAACUGGAGUCACUGGAAGCUUGCACAGGUGGAGUUAAAAGGAAAAUGACUUUGAGAAAGGGGGACGACUACAGGACCGUUACUCAGUUCCACUUCACAGAGUGGCCUGACAAGGGUGUUCCUAAACACACCUCAUCACUGCUCAAGUUCAUCAUGGAAGUCAAAGCUGAUCAUGGACAGUACACUCAUCCUCUGAUCAUUCAUUGCAGUGCUGGUGUUGGGCGAACAGGCGUGGUGAUCAGUAUUGAUAGCGUCGUAGCUCACGCCAAGACAACUAGAAUGGUAGAUGUCUUCAACUUCGUGACGAACAUCAGACAGAAACGACCAUACAUGGUCCAAACACAGGAGCAGUAUGCCUUCAUCUACGGGGCUGUCCUUGAGGAUCUUCUCUGGAGGAAUACCCUGAUCCCUGUCGUUCAUUUCACUGAUCAUCUACAAGACUUACACUCUUCAGGCGGUGGACGUGGACGGUCCAAGAUGACCAAGGAGUUCCAGACUUUGAAGAGCCUCUGUCCAGAUCCUCCGGCUUCUCAAACAAGAUCAGGACGCACUCGAGAUAAUCACCCAAAGAAUAGAUACGGAAACAACCUACCAUUGCAGAGGAAUCGUGUGAUGCUAGACUCCCCAGAUCAUGAUUACAUUAAUGCUAGUCAAAUGAAGGGGAUCCACUGUACCUUCAUGACAACCCAGAUGCCGCUGCCAACCACUGUGUCUGAUUUCUGGUCUAUGGUCAUCGACAAUAAACCAUCCACUGUCGUCAUGCUUAACGACAAGAGCCAAAACGACAAGAGCUGUGCUCAAUACUGGCCAGAUGCUGACUCGGCUCAGUUUGGAUCCUAUUCAGUUUCAACCUUAUCAACAUCAUCUGAUGGGGACAUGACCACUCGGCAACUGAAAGUUACCAGAAACUCCAAAACCAGUCACACCGUCACUCAGUACCAGUUCCAUGGAUGGCCUAAACAUGGAUCAGAUCAACAAUUAGGGGCUAGGUCGUUGAUCAAGCUCAUCCGUGCUAUCAAAGGUUCCACUAACAGCAAGAAAGAAUUCUCCAUUCUUGUCCAUUGUUUGAGUGGUGCUGGGCGAACAGGUGUGUUUUGCACUGCUAUGGAGUGCAUCGCUCAGAUAGCUGAGGGAGAUUCCGUCGAUAUUUUCCAGACAGUCAAGAUACUGCGAGCUGACAGGAUGCAGUUCGUCCAAACUGAGGAGGAAUAUGCUUUCGUCUACGAUGUCAUCCGUGAAUACCUGCACACUGAAAACUAUGAGCAGCUUCCAUACCCGAUAGAGGACCACACGUAUGGCAACGUAGAAAUCGACUACACACUUGACCCGGAAGAGAACCCAUAUGAGGUCACUGAUCCGCAGGAAGCAGGUGCCACCGCACUCGUGUAUGGCAAUGUAGAGACUGGGAGGAGCCAGGAUAGACCGAAGCCAAAGCCCCAACAAUCGUACUCUGUAUACGAGAACUUUGCAUUUGAUUCUUAAAGAUGAAGUUGAGUUCUGGUCAUGCGAUUGCAUUGUGAAAGAAACGGUGUGGAAUCGAUCAG